CACGCGUGCGGCGUGACGGAAAGACUUCUCCGGGAAAACGCGGCGGCGACGAGUCGGUCGGCCGGGCUACUUUUCCCUCGGUUGGGUGGAUCGGACCCCCAUGGCGACGCGGAGGACGUGGCCCCGUCGGUGGCUGAGCUACACUUUUCUCUUGCUCAUCCCGCCGGGCUGGGCUCAAGAACGGAAGAGCUUUUCUCUCCCGCAACACGGAUUUUGUCAGUCCGUCUCCAUCCCGCUUUGCACCGACAUCGCCUACAACCAGACCAUCAUGCCCAACCUGCUCGGCCACGCCAGCCAAGAAGACGCCGGGCUGGAGGUUCACCAGUUCUACCCGCUGGUCAAAGUCCAGUGCUCGCCGGACCUCAAGUUCUUCCUGUGUUCCAUGUACGCGCCGGUGUGCACGGUUCUGGAGCGGGCCAUCCCCCCUUGCCGGACUUUAUGCGAACGGGCUCGGCGGGGCUGCGAGGCGCUGAUGAAUAAAUUUGGCUUUCAGUGGCCCGAGAGGCUGCGCUGCGAGAACUUCCCGGUCCACGGCGCCGGAGAGAUCUGCGUGGGUCAGAACGCGUCCGACGGUAACGGCCCCACCACGCCGGCGCCGACGGCGGACCUCGCCCGGCCGUUGAACUUUGCGUCGCGGGGCUCCGGCGACCCGAUCUUCUCCUGCCCGCCGCAGCUGGAGGUGCCCGCCUACCUCCGCUACCGCUUCCUCGGUGCCGAGGACUGCGGCGCCCCCUGCGAGGUCUCGGCGCCUUACGGACUGAUGUACUUCGGGGAGGAGGAGCUGAAGUUCGGUCGGCGGUGGGUCGCCGUCUGGGCGGGCCUCUGUUGCAUCAGCACGCUCUUCACCGUCCUCACGUACGCGAUGGACGCCCAGCGCUUUUGCUACCCGGAAAGACCGGUGGUCUUUCUCUCCGCUUGCUACUUGAUGGUGGCGCUGGCGUACGUCGCCGGUUUCCUGCUUGAGGACAAAGUCGUCUGCGUGGACAAGUUCAAGGCGGACGGUUACAAGAUGGUGAUUCAGGGCACCGAGAAGGAGGGCUGCGCCGCGCUCUUCGUGGCGGCCUACUUCUUCGGCAUGUCCAGCUCCAUCUGGUGGGUCAUCCUGUCGCUCACCUGGUUCCUGUCGGCGGGCUUGAAGUGGGGGCACGAGGCCAUCGAGGCCAACUCGCGCUACUUCCACCUGGUGGCCUGGAGCGUGCCGGCGUUGAAAACCGUCAUCGUCCUGGCGACGGGCCGGGUGGAGGGAGACCUUCUGACCGGCGUCUGCUACGUGGGCGUGUACGACGUGGACGCCCUGCGGGGCUUCGUGCUGGCUCCGCAACUCGUCUACCUUGUGCUCGGCACUUCCUUUCUCCUGGCUGGCUUCGUGUCUCUCUUCCGCAUCCGCACCGUCAUGAAGCUCGGCGGUACGGAGACGGCCAAGCUGGAGAAGCUGAUGGCGCGGAUCGGCGCGUUCGGCCUGCUGUACACCCUCCCCGCCGCCGCCGUGGUGGCCUGCCACUUCUACGAGCAGGCGCUGCGUCCGCGCUGGGAGCAGACGUGGCGCAUGCAGACCUGCAAACGCUUGGCGGUGCCGUGCCCGGCGGGAAACUUUGCUCCGCUGACGCCGGACUUCACCGUGUUUAUGAUCAAGUACCUGAUGACCAUGAUCGUCGGGAUUACGUCGGGUUUCUGGAUCUGGUCCAGGAAGACCGUGCAGUCCUGGCGCCGCUUCUACAAGAGACUGAGCGGCUCCGAGCCGGCCGAUACCACAAUUUAGCGAUUUUUCGGGGGUCGGCCCUGAUGUUUCUGCAUGGAGAAACACUAUCUGAUUUACUUUGAGCUAUUUAUUGAUC